ACUCAACUGUAUAUUUCGUGUAAAUAAGAGCUCCUAAAACAACUUCUAAAUGCAGUGUGGAAACUGUGUUAUGAGUACAUAACUAUCUGGUGUAAACGAUCCUUUUUUUUCUGCACUAGUAUAAUGACGUUUUGAAUCAGAACUAGUGUAUUUUUUGACAGUGGGAAUUGUAUUUUUCAAUGAAGGUGUUUAAACAAAUGCAUUGAUUACAUUAACAUUAUUCAUGGUUUGUUUUUGAUUCAUCAAACACUGACUCUCGGCCGAAAUAUCUUUCAUUAAUAAUAUUAGUAUUAUUCUUGUGAAAAUGUCGGUAUUGGCCUUGAAGGCAGACCUAUAUCGGUCGAUCCUAAUUUAAACCUGUAUCCUGCAGACCACAACAGGUGCCCCCCUCCCUGCAGGCUCCACCUGUCUUGUCCUUUCCGCGGCGGUCUGGCGACCCAGAAAGCAGCCGUCAUUCAUUAGCAAUGGUAUGUCGAUCCGCCGGGGGGCCGGCCGGCGCAAACACCCUCGGUCACCGGAUCGGCGGCAGCUGCUCGGCCCCCGGUGCUAUUUUCACCCUCAGGAUAAAGUGAUGUGCAGCCGCUGGCCGCCCGCAGGGCCCCCGCAGCUCCAGUCAGAGCAGAGCAGAGCCAGGAUGAAGUCCACAGGCAGCGAGCGCAGCGCGCAGCCCGACGUCUUCACCUCCGACCUGGACGACCUGGACAGCGGCAGCGACAGCUCCGACGGGAAGUCCACCGGGGACUGCAGCCCGCGCAGAGAGCCGGGCGAGGAGACGGCGGACGGGGCUUCCCGGGCCGGUGCGCCGAGACGCAGGAGGAGGCGGAGACGCAGCAGCGGAGGAGACGCGUGUCUCGCUGGUGUUAGCAAACAGAGGCAGGCGGCGAACGCGCGCGAGCGGUACAGGACGCACAGCGUGAACACCGCCUUCACGGCGCUCCGCACGCUCAUUCCCACCGAGCCCGCCGACAGGAAGCUCUCCAAGAUAGAGACGCUGCGUCUGGCCUCCAGCUACAUCUCGCACCUGGCUAACGUGCUGCUGCUGGGGGAGGACUGCCGGGACGGACAGCCCUGCAUCGGCUACCAGAGCAUCCUGCACGGCGCCGCGGCGCUCAGCGCGCCCUCCCUGCGGCCGAUCUGCACUUUCUGCCUCAGCAACCAGAGGAAACUGCUCAGAGAUGGAGGGAAGCACUCAGCUGCUGUGUGAAGCAAAGCGCCUCCGGACAGACGGACGUGGAGUCCACCCUCAUGUUGUUUACAUACAUACACUUGUAGGACUUUGUACAUAUAUAAAUAUAUUUAUUUUUGGAUUAGACUAGAAGAACAAAUUAACACUGAAAAGCACUUUUUGUUCACGUCCGUGUGCUUCUGACCCUCUGUGUUUUGGUUGAGCUGUAACCUGAGCCGAUGUGUAAAGUUGCACCUGACGGGGGGCUAUUUUGGUCUCACGAAUAGUACAAACUACCCCACUACCACCCCCACCCUACGCCCAACACUCCUAAAAAAAAAACGCCUUGUCGCCUUCAGUCACAUGCAGGAAACUGUAGAGCAGCUACUGCAGCGGUUGCUGUCAGUUGAGUGGCAUUAACAGUGCCUUAAGUGUCGUCGGAAAUAUCAAAGCUGGUCAGGAGAACUUUAAAGCUUAACUUUGAUGUUUUUUCAUGAUUUUAUGUUCAAGUGACUAAUGGGGACAACCUUUUUUUUAAAAAAAAAUUGGUCUGCAAAUGUGCAUCGUCAACGUACGUCACUAAAAAAAAAAAAACAGGCUCAGAUUGUUAUUAUAAGUAUCUGACAACAGUACGAAAAGUAUUGUUAUAAAAUCAGACGACAGCAUUGGAAACAAGAAUUGGAGAGUUUGUUAGAAAGCGUAGCUGAAGCUGGGCAUACACUGUACAUGUGCAUGUGAGUCAGUUUCUGACUCGUUGCAGAACUCAUUUUAUUUUAAACAAACUUAAGUAGCAAGUAGCCGUGUGUCCAUUUUAGUCAAAUUAAAUUUUGAAGCAAAAUGUUGAAAUCUUGCAUUAAAGAAAAUGCGAAUUAGGGACGUUUCCAGGUUUAGGGCGAAUAAACAAUGCAGCAUAAACAUACUUUGGUCAGCAGAUAGCAGUGUUAUGCGUUGCUGUAGGGUAAUCUGUCACUAAACAGUAGAAGAAAAGAUUAUGCAAGAAAGAAAAAAUUAAAUAAAAGAGGUUGCUAAUUGGACAACUUUGGCCAUCCAUGAGAGCAAAUAUGACUUCAGAGUUAGAUUUAAUUGAGCAACUUAUAAUUCUUUCAUGUCAGAGCCGAAACAGCUGAUCAGUCAUGCGAGUUAAACGUUGAUACGUCUGAACUUUUUUGCAAAAAUCCUUUCCAUCUCCUGUUUAGUGCUUUAACUACUUUUUUUGGAAUAGACAAAAACUAUCUCAAGGGAGUGUAAAAACUUGAAUGCACAUUUUCAAAUUUUGGCGUCUCCAUCAAGCUUUUCUCAUGCAAAUCUUCAAAUUGCACAUCAAAAUUUGUUGAUGGAAACACGGCUAUGAGGUCUGCAGAGGUUGUGGCUUGAUCAUUGGACCAUACGGUGUGAGCACAUAUAUUGUGAGCUUUAGGUUUACAACAAGUGAUUUACUCCAAUAGUCAGAGUUGCAAUAACAUUUCUAUAAUCACGCGGUGUAUGCUCAGCUUUAGUGUUAUUGAAAAUAU